AUGCAUUUAACAAAUAGCAAUCGUUUAGUUUUACUAAGUGACCCAGCAAUGGCAGAUGACGAGAGUGAAGUUACUCAAUUCCUAAAGAUUCCCAAUACCAACAAGCAAAAUAAAGCCAAGGAACGGCUUGAAAAUUCUGAUACUCUCUGCGGCUUUGGCAUUUUCAAGGGUCCACGACUGCAAAGUUGGGCUACAGAAAAUGUAUACGUUGUGGUAUAUGGCAUCGCUGGCUGUUUCAUAGCCAUGGCAUUUUCAUAUUUUAAUGGAACGAUAACGACGCUGGAGAAGCGAUAUGGGAUACCCACAAGAACGUCUGGAUUGAUAUCGGUUGGCAGUGACAUAAGCACUACUUUAACUUCCGGCUUUUUAGGCUACUAUACGGGACGAAAACAUCGUCCACGCUAUAUAGCCUUAGGACUAGUCAUACUGGCAGUCUUUUGUCUGCUGAUGGCCACUCCACAUUUCAUAUAUGGCUCUGGCGAGGAUGCGUUAAAGUUGACACGGGAAUACAUGAGUACAGGAUACUUGAAUGCCACGCAGGAGGAUCGCACACUCUGCCAAAAUGCUCAUCCCAGCUGUGUGCAGGAUGUCAGUCACUGGACACCCAUCUUUUUACUAUUCUUUGCGCAGUUUAUCUCUGGCAUUGGAUGCUCUCUGUUCUACACUCUGGGCCUCUCCUACAUGGAUGAUAACUCAAGCAAAUCCAGGACACCAGCUAUGCUCAGUUGGUCCGCUUUUCUGCGCAUGCUGGGUCCGGCUUUUGGUUACUCCUUGGCUUCCGUUUGCCUGCGCCUGUAUAUUGAUCCGCAGUUGGAACCGCUGAUAGGCAAUAAUGAUACACGUUGGUUGGGCGCCUGGUGGCUUGGCUGGAUCAUUUUGACUGUCAUAAUGCUUGUCUCUGCCGUAUUUAUCUACAUGUUCCCCAAGGAGUUACCCAGCGCAAGAGCAAGAAGAUUAAAGUCUUCAGAUGGAGCUGGCCAAAAUUCACUGACGGAACUUUCCUUGCAAGACAUGAUGCUGGCCGUCAAACGUUUGGCCAAAAACAAAAUCUAUGUCUACAAUACAAUCGCCUCAAUGCUCUACUUUUUCGGCUACGUACCCUACUGGACAUUCACGCCCAAAUACAUUGAGACCCAAUAUCAACAAUCCGCCAGUACGGCGACCAUGGCCACAGGAACUGUCGCGCUGGGCUUCUCCGCAGCGGGAGUGCUACUCUCCGGCUACGUAAUCUCCAAAUACAAGCCCAGUGCUCGGUCAAUGGCCGCAUGGAAUGGCAUCGUUGAUAUAUUUACGGUGGCUGGCAUUCUGUGCUAUGUGUUCAUUGGCUGUGAUGAUAGCGAUAAGGCGACGUCUUUGUCGCCAACCAUUGACAGCUGCAGUGCCUCGUGCCACUGCGAAUAUGUACACUAUGCCCCCAUCUGCAGUCCAAACAAUAUCACAUACAUAUCAGCCUGUCACGCCGGCUGCACCGGCAAGAGCAAGGAUCAACUCGGUCAUCUCAUCUACACUGAUUGUAAGUGCAUUGGUGCCUUGGAUUUUGCAAAUGCUACCGAGAGCCAAUAUGCCCGUCAGGGCUCUUGUCCGGUUGACUGCUACAAUCAGUUCCUUAUCUUCCUGGGCGUCAUGUGUUUUCUGAAAUUUAUUGGCGCUUCGGGCAGAACUGCCAAUCUUUUACUGGCUUUGCGCUGUGUGUCAUUUGAGGAUAAGAGUUUCGCUCUGGGCCUUGGUAAUGUGGUAGUUUGCCUGGUCAGCUUCAUACCUAGCCCCAUUUUAUUUGGCUGGAUACUGGAUAACAACUGUAUUGUGUGGGGCAAAACGUGUGGCACUAAAGGUAAUUGCUGGCUAUACGACACCAAGUCAUUGCGUUAUACUAUGAAUCUCUUGUCAGCUGCGUGUAUUUUUGUUGGCAGCUUUUGGAACAUUGGUGUUUGGCAUCAUGCCAAAGAUUUGGAGAUAUUUGAAAGCGAGGGGGCAGAGAUAACUGUAAAAGAACAAGAGCAAUUUGAUUUAAGCGAAAAGCCCAGCGAGAUAAAAAAGAAUUAAUUAUGAUCGAGAUAAUAAUAAUAAU